UAUCUUCUGCGGAAUCUUGGCGGUUUUGUGUUCCAUGGUUCCAUCCUCACUUUUAAUUUUGUCGUUUUAUUUUCUGAGUAAUCCGUCUUGAUCUGAUAAUUCCAUCGAAUUAUGCAUGUGACUGUUCUCUUAGUGAAUGACUGAAUGAGUUCUUUAUUCACAAGUGACAAGUGUUAUUGUACCCUGACUGUGCCUAGUUACCUACUGAUAAUGGUGUGAACUUCCACACGUUUCCUGACACAUCCUCCAGAUCUUCUCUCAAAGGUACCUGAAGUGGCAAGCCAACAAUGUCCUUUCAAGUGGACAGCGUCGAGCUGGUGCACGAUGGUAAGUCUUUAGACCAGGAUUCACCUCACAUCGACAGUAUUGAGUUCUCGGGUCUUUCGAGCAUGGACGGGUCUCCAGAACUUGAGAAAGCUCCAGCAAAUAGCGGUGAGUUAGCGAUGCUUAAACCUCUAAACCAGAAAGCAGUCGUACUUAAAGAUGCGAAGUUGGUAGAGCAUAUUGAGUCCCUGGGCAAGGGAACUCCUUGUCCGGACAUUAGGAAAAUCGAGUCUCCAAAUCGGAAAGUGAUGCCGGUGAGUUUUUCAGCGAAGACCAUCAAGUCCCCAAAGGAAAAUGUUCCUCCUAGUUCCACUCGGUUCAGCGCUAGAAAUAUAGACACUUCGAAUCAGGUUAAUCCUCCCAAGAAUGCUGCGUUAACAGAUAGCACCAAUUCUCCAAGUCGGAGAGCACCCGCCAAUUCUCCAAGUCGGGAAGCCUUCACCACCUCUCCAAACCAGAAAGCCCUUUUGGGAAAAUUCUUCGGGUCACCGGACAUCAGAACCGCCCCAAAUCACAUAGUAUCAGAUGUUGUUGAGUCAACGGUCAAAACUCAGUACCCCAAAGAAGAACCGAUAGCAAAUGCUGUUGAGUUCUCUAUAAAGCUUUCUGAAGUACUGAAUAAUAUCAUGAAUUCCCCAACGAAGGAUGGAGACGACUUCAUUAUAUUAGAUGACCUAGAUGAUCUCGGCGAGUCUCCUGGAAUGAAAAUACGCACCAUCAAGAUUUCGCAAAACUCUGCACCUUCAACUGAUUCGAUGGAUGUUGCGCCGUUAGAUGUUACCGCGUCAUCACUUAAGGAAACAACCCCGGUAAACGUCGUUGAGCUGGCGGAAAAUAUCAUCUCAAAUGAUCCGACGGACGUUACGCCGUUAGAUAUUACCGCGUCAUCAACUAAGAGAACAACCCCGGUAAAAGUCGUUGAGCAUGCGGAAAACACCAUGCCCUCAAAUCAGAAUUCAAUGGAUGUUGCGUCGGCGGAUGUUUCCGAGCCAUCAAUUAAGAAACCAACCCCUGUUCAAGUCGUCAACAUUCAGUCUCUCAGGCAGACCUCCGCAGUUGAGACAACGGAAAACACCACAUCCUCGAAUAAUCCAAUGGAUGUCGUGGAGAUAGACAUAAUCGAGCCAUCGCCCAAGGAAACCACCCCUCUAGAAAUCGUCGAUUUGGCGACCCCCCCAAGGGUGGUAAAAUUGACGGAAACAGAACGCCCUUCCACCUCAACUACACCAACCCCCCGUUGCGGGAAGAAGAGAUUGAUCCGGACACCGACCUCCGUUUUGGGCGCGAAGAAAAGAGUCAAGACCGACAAGCCGUUGAUUGGGGCUUCAGCAUCCAUUUUCAAGGCCAAGGAACGAGUCAAGCCCGAGAAGCCACCGGUCCCAAGCUGGUUUCGGAACGUGUCUUUCACCGAAAUCGGGAACAUCACCGGAGGGAGAAGGGUCGUCAGUGUGAGGGGGAAGAUCAUCUUCAGCUCGCGCCCUCACCGUUCCGGCGGAAAGGGUCUCGAACUGUACUUCGACGUAGCCGACGAGACGGGAAUCAUCCGCGUCUUCGCGCACGAUAAGGUAGCCUUCUUCUUCAAGAAGCAGAUCGUCGUCGGCAAAACUCUCCAGAUGAUCCGCGCCGUCGUCCACCCCAGGCAGCCUCUCGUCAAUAACCUCGACCAUCCCAGCGAGCUGCACUUGGACGAGUACACGGACCUAGUGUGGGAGGUCAAAAGCCGUCUUCUGAAAGCCCUGGACCUGGAUAUCCGUUUCGUGGCGUACGAGGAUGUCGAGUCCUUCGGCGCGGACGAAUUUUUCGACGUGACCGGAACCGCUCUCCAUUUCCGCCUUCACACCGAGGAAGGUGAGAGGAGCUGCAUAACGAUCAGGGACGACAGAGGGUACGAGUUGGAUGUCACUUAUUUCGAUUGGUAUAUUCCUACCCAUGAAAGCAUGCUCGGGCUGAGAAUCGAUAUCCUGCGGUGCCGGUUCAAUCACGUUGAUCGCAUAGUCGAUGCAACCGGGAGCCAUGUCAAAAUCGACGGUCGACCCGUGAGAGCGUACUAUAGUUCCUAUCUAGACUUUUUCUAGGCUGUCUCUUUCGUGCCGAGUGUAGAGUCCCUUUAUACUGAGAGUCAAGACAACACCCCUUAUGGAGUCACAAACGGGAAUAAAGAUUACAGAAAUUGAACGUUCUUUGUAAUCUUUGAUCGGCCCAUUCUCAAAUUCCUUUUUCCGUUCUUUCUCUUAUUCAGUUUAUUCCUCGCCGAACCCGUAAUUCCCUGGUCCAUUCCAGAUUAUAAUCUUUGCAAUCGGUGAAAAUGUAAUCUUUAUUCCCGUUUGUGACA